AUGCAACAAGUGCAACCUUUACCGCGUACCCCUAUCUCAGAUUCUUUUUACUCCCAUCAAGUGAGUUUGUAUGUAUUUUGCUGCGUUGGAAUGGACUCUAAAUUUCCAACAUUUUAUACAUGGACGGACGAUCUAGCCGGAAGAGGUUCAGUUGAGAUUGGUUCUGCACUUCUAGCUCACCUGGAUACUCUUGACUAUGAAGGCAAUAAAGUGUUGAGGCUAUUUUGCGAUGGCUGUGGGGGGCAAAAUAAGAACUCGCAUGUAAUACGUGCUCUUUACCAUUGGCUUAGAGUGAAAUCCCCAAAAGGAGUCGAAGAAAUCCAGGUGACCUACCCCGUCCGAGGUCAUAGUUUUUUGCCUACCGGUAGAGUGUUUGGGCGGAUUGAAAAGACUCUAUGA